CCACUGCAACCCCUCGCCCGGGGGACCCGGCCCCCAGCCCAGAGCUUGCCGCCGGUUGGAGACCAAUGGGAGGUUCUUGCAUGUCUCCGAUCGAUUUCCCAGCCGCCGAGUUCAUUCCCGAGGCGGCUGCGGCGCGUGAGGAUCGCGGUGCUGCGAAGUCAGGCGCGGAGCGGGAGAGCGGACCCCACGCGGGCGCUCGCUAUACCGCACUUCCCCCGCCGUGGUGGGCGAGCCUUGGGAUCUACAUCUCCAGCACGGGUCUGCGCGUCUCACCCUCCCUCCUCCUCUCCCCGAUACACGCCGGAGCUGAAGACCGAGUCCGACGUGCACCGGCUCGAGGUGACCUUUGGGCUGCGGACCAGAUCACAGAAGAAACUGCUGUCUCCGGGAGAAGAUGCCUGAGCGGGAGAGACAGAUGACAGCUAGAGAAGGGGCCAGUAGGAAAAUUCUGGCUAAACUUUCUUUGCCUGCGCGCGUCGGCGAAGCGGCGAUGAAGCAGAGUUUCGCGUUUGACAACGCCGGCUACGAGGGCAGUCUGGACAACGUGUGCCCUUUGCAGGCGGCCACCGGCACCAUCCGCAUUUCGGGCCUGACCUGCCAGUCAUGUGUGACGUCUGUCGAGGACGGGAUUGCCAGUUUGAGAGGCAUCGUGAGCAUCACGGUUUCCCUGGAGCUCGGCAGCGCCGUGGUGAAGUACGUGCCGUCGGUGAUAAGCCUGCCGCAGAUUUGCUGUCACAUUGAGGACAUGGGCUUUGGGGCCAGCAUCGCGGAAGGAAAGGCUGACUCCUGGCCUCUCCGGUCCUCGCCAGCCCUGGAGGCCGUGGUCAAGCUUCGGGUGGAGGGCAUGACCUGCCAGUCCUGCGUCAGCUCCAUCGAGGGCAAGCUCGGGAAGCUGCAGGGAGUGGUGCGCGUCAGGGUGUCGCUCAGCAGCCAGGAGGCCGUCGUCACUUACCAGCCUUACCUCAUUGGACCCCAAGACCUCAGGGACCACGUAAAUGACCUUGGAUUUGAAGCUGUCGUCAAGAACAAAGUGGCUCCGGUCAGCCUGGGGCGGAUCGACAUCCGGCGGCUACAGAGCACCAACUCAAAGACACCUUCACCGUCUAACCAGAAUGCCAACAACUCCCAGACCGCGGAGCCCCCCGGGGACCACGUGGUCACCCUGCAGCUGCGAGUCGAGGGCAUGCGCUGUCAGUCUUGUGUCCGGAACAUUGAAGAGAAUGUCAGCCAGCUCCCAGGGGUUCGGCGCGUUCAGGUGUCCUUGGAGGACGGGACCGCUCAGAUCCAGUUCCACCCGUCCUCUGCCUCCCCGGAGGGCCUGCGGAGGGCCAUCGAGGCGCUUCCGCCGGGGCACUUUAAAGUCUCUCUUGCUGACGGAGCAGAAGGAAGUGGGACAGACGACAGGCCUCCCGCGCGGCGCUCCCCGGGCGGGGUCCAGGGAAGCCAGGGGCCAGGCGCGGGCCGCACCGUGCGGCUGGCUGUUGCGGGCAUGAACUGUGCCUCCUGUGUCCAGUCCAUCGAAGGCCUGCUCUGCCGGAGGGAAGGGGUGCAGCAGACAUCAGUGUCUCUGGCGGAAGGGACUGCAGCGAUUCUCUAUGACCCCUCGGUAACGAGCCCCGAAGAGCUCCGAGCCGCCGUGGAAGACGUGGGGUUUGAGGCUUCGGUCGUUUCUGACUACCGCGCUGGCAGCCACGUUGGAGAGCUCAGCGCAGCAAACGGCCCGGCGCAGACUGCAGCCAGCACACCUGUGUCUGUCCGGGAGGUGGCUGUCCCCGCUGGGGCGCCCCCCAGGGCGCACAGCCCUGGCCUCCCAGCCGAGUCCCCGCAGGCCUCGCCCUCGGCGGCACCGCAGAAGUGCUUCUUGCAGAUCUCGGGCAUGACCUGCGCAUCCUGCGUGUCCACCAUAGAGAGAAGCCUGCAGAAGGAGGCUGGUAUUCUCUCCGUGCUGGUUGCCUUGAUGGCCGGAAAGGCGGAGGUCAAGUACGACCCGGAAGUCAUCCAGCCACUCGAGAUAGCCCGGCUCGUCGAGGACUUGGGCUUUGAGGCGGCAGUGCUGGAGGACUACGCAGGCUCCAACGGCGACAUCGAGCUCAUCAUCACUGGCAUGACCUGCGCUUCCUGUGUUCACAACAUCGAGUCCAAACUCAAGCGGACGAGCGGCGUCACCCACGCCUCCGUGGCCCUGGCCACCAACAAAGCCCGCGUGAAGUUCGAUCCUGAAAUCAUCGGUCCGCGGCGUAUUGUCAGAAUUAUUGAGGAGCUCGGCUUUCGUGCUUCCCCGGCCCAGAGGAUCCCCGGCGCCCACCACCUGGACCACAGGGCGGAAAUACGGAGGUGGAGGAAUUCUUUCCUGUGCAGCCUGGUGUUUGGCAUCCCUGUCAUGGGUUUAAUGAUCUACAUGUUGAUAUCCAGCAGCAAACCCCACGAGUCUAUGGUCCUGCACCACAACAUCAUUCCUGGAUUGUCCGUUCUAAAUCUCAUCUUCUUUAUCUUGUGUACCUUUGUCCAGCUUCUCGGCGGGUGGUACUUCUACGUCCAGGCCUACAGGUCGCUGAGACACAGGACGGCCAACAUGGACGUGCUCAUCGUGCUGGGCACGAGCGUCGCCUACACCUACUCGCUGGUCAUCCUGGUGGUGGCCCUGGUCGAGGAGGCCGAGAGGAGCCCUGUGACAUUCUUUGACACGCCCCCCAUGCUAUUCCUCUUCGUGGCCCUGGGGAGGUGGCUGGAACACAUUGCCAAGAGCAAAACCUCGGAAGCCCUUGCGAAACUCAUGUCUCUCCAAGCCACAGAAGCCACCGUGGUGACCCUUGGCAAGGACAACUUAAUCAUCAGAGAGGAGCAGGUGCCUGUGGAGCUGGUGCAGCGGGGCGACGUCAUCAAGGUCGUUCCAGGGGGCAAGUUCCCAGUGGACGGGAAAGUCCUGGAAGGCAACACCAUGGCUGACGAGUCCCUUAUCACAGGAGAAGCCAUGCCUGUCACCAAGAAGCCCGGGAGCAUGGUGAUCGCAGGCUCCAUAAACGCGCACGGCUCUGUGCUCAUCAGCGCCACCCACGUGGGCGACAACACCACCUUGGCUCAGAUUGUGAAGCUGGUGGAAGAGGCUCAGAUGUCAAAGGCCCCCAUCCAGGAACUGGCUGACCGGUUCAGUGGCUAUUUUGUCCCAUUUAUCAUCAUCAUUUCAACUUUGACGUUGGUGGUAUGGAUUGUAGUCGGUUUUAUCGAUUUCGGUGUUGUUCAGAAAUACUUUCCUACCCCCACCAGGCACACGUCCCGGGCGGAGAGGGUCAUCCGGUUCGCCUUCCAGACAUCGAUCACGGUGCUGUGCAUUGCUUGCCCCUGCGCGCUGGGCCUGGCCACGCCCACGGCGGUCAUGGUGGGCACGGGCGUGGCCGCGCAGAAUGGCAUCCUCAUCAAGGGCGGCAAGCCGCUGGAGACCGCCUACAAGAUAAAGACAGUGAUGUUUGACAAAACCGGCACCAUCACCCACGGGGUCCCCAGAGUCACGCGGGUCCUCCUGCUCGUGGACGUGGCCACGCUGCCGCUCCGGAAGCUUCUUGCCGUGGUGGGGACGGCAGAGGCCAGCAGCGAGCACCCCUUGGGUGUGGCUGUCACCAAAUACUGUAAAGAGGAACUCAGAACAGAGACUCUGGGGCACUGCAUGGACUUCCAGGCCGUGCCCGGCUGCGGCAUUGGCUGCAAAGUCAGCAACGUGGAAGGCAUCCUGGCCCACAGCGAGCGCCCGGACCAACAGGCCUCUCACCCGAACGGGGUUGGCAGUGUCUCUGCGGAAACAGACAGAGCCCCCCAGACCUUCUCUGUGCUGAUUGGAAACCGAGAAUGGAUGAGGCGCAACGGCUUAGCCAUCUCCCGCGACGUCAGUGACUCGAUGACAGACCACGAGAACAAGGGCCACACAGCCAUCCUGGUGGCCAUUGACGGGCUGCUCUGCGGGAUGAUCGCCAUCGCGGACGACGCCAAGCCAGAGGCCGCCCUGGCUGUGCACACGCUGAAGAGCAUGGGUGUGGACGUGGCCCUCAUCACCGGGGACAACCGCAAGACCGCCAGAGCCAUCGCCACCCAGGUUGGCAUCAACAAAGUCUUCGCAGAGGUGCUGCCUUCCCACAAGGUGGCCAAGAUCCAGGAGCUGCAGAAGGCAGGGAAGAAGGUGGCCAUGGUGGGGGAUGGGGUCAACGAUGCCCCCGCCUUGGUCCAGGCCGACGUGGGCAUCGCCAUCGGGGCAGGCACGGACGUCGCCCUCGAGGCGGCCGACGUCGUUCUCAUCCGAAACGACCUGCUCGACGUGGUGGCUGGCAUUCGCCUCUCCAAGAGGACCGUCUGGCGGAUUCGGCUCAACCUGGUGCUGGCGCUGAUCUAUAACCUGGUCGGGGUCCCCAUCGCGGCAGGCGUCUUCAUGCCCCUCGGCGUCGUGCUGCAGCCGUGGAUGGGCUCGGCGGCCAUGGCGGCGUCCUCCGUGUCUGUGGUUCUGUCGUCGCUGCAGCUCAAGUGGUAUAAGAAGCCUGACCUGGAGAGGUACGAGGCCCAGGCCCGGGGCCGUGUGCGGCCCCUCACCGCGUCCCAGGUCAGCGUGCACGUGGGCAUGGACGACCGGCGGUGGGAUUCCCCCAGGGCCCCGCCCCACGACCAGGUCAGCUACGUCAGCCAGGUGUCUCUGUCCUCCCUGAAGUCCGACCAGCCGUCUCGGCACAGCCCCCCGGCCGAGGACGGCGGGGACAAGUGGUCCCUGCUCCUGAAUGACAGGGACGAGGAGCAGUGCAUCUGAAAGCCCCCAGGUGCGCCUGCCCAGGGGCCCCUCUCCGCACUGACCAGCAGCUCUGGCCCCGCGGGGCGGGCGAAGCCUUGGGCAAGCCUUUCACCCCCCGGACAUGCUGGAUCUUUCCUCUUGCCGCACGUGGCGUGGCCCAGAUGGGGCUCCCGGGUAGGGCCACCUGCCUGGACCCCACGGCCCCGGCAAGGCCUUGCCGUGCCGUUGGUGUGGCCUCUGGAGGAGGGGACAGCCAGCCCUGCUGACAGACCUCUGCUUCGGCCUCAGGGAUGACCGCUUGUGAAAUGAGGAAACUCUCGCCUCGCCCGGACGCAGCGGAGCCUUGCCACAGAGCUCACGGGAAACCUCAGCGCUGUCCCCUUGGUUACAACGCCCGCGGGCAUCGCGUACCUAAGACCGGCUUACCUCACAUGCGCCCUUUACUCUCCACUGCUACAAUCUGUUUCUUUUCUGUCCUUGACGCUGGGUGGCACCCUCACCAUCUUUCAGGGCAGGACUGACGUCCUCGCGGUCGCGGCUGCAGUGCGGGCGCCAGCGCCCUGCCUGGGUCGGCUUGCUCCCAGCGCAGCCAGGGCCCCUGAGCCUCCACCCCAGGCCGGGGACAGCCCGAGCCUGCUGAGGGGCCGCCUCCCUGUGGGGGCCGGGCUUCUCGCCCCACAAGGGCUGCCCUGUGGGAGGGAAGGGCUCCGAGCCCGAGGCUUGAGAAAUCCCGCCUCCUGUGGGGUCCCUGUGCUUCAGCCCCCAGAACCUGUGGGGGAGGCCUGUGCCUGCAGGAACCUCCUUCAUGGCACCAGGAGCUUCGGUGACAGGGUCUGUCAUGUGACUGUCACAGUCCAAGAGAGAAGCCAUGUGAAGGGUGCCCCUGACAUCAUGCAAUUCAGAGGCGUCACAGCCCCUCCACAAGCUGCUGCCGCUGCUGCACUCUGAGCUGGUGGUGCUUUAGUAAAGGGGUGGCCGCCGGCCUUGCAAAGGCCAAGUCCUUUUGUCACUUUUCAAUGGCUCUUCGUGACUGCGUCACGUUGAAGGGAUGGGAACAUGGCUAAUUUCAGACUUUGCAGUUGCUGACGUGGGAAUAGAGUAGUAGAAUCAGAAUCUUAGAAUCGUAAAUGCUCUGCCUAGUCUAAAUUCUAAGGGGAAUCCCUUGUUGCACGCACAAAAUCGUUUAAUUUAUUGUCAGUUAUUUUCCAAGGCAAUGUUGAACGCUUUUCACAAGUUACCGCUAAUCCUCCCAACAAACCAGCCCAGCAAAUACAUGGUCCACCCUGAAGCAGGCUCCGGGGGCUGAGCAUCCUGCCGGGACCACGCCGCCAGCACACGUGCCAGAGCUGGCGUCCAAGCCGAGGCCUGUGGGCUCUGCCGUCUUUCUGUACUGCUGCUGUGUCUUGAAUGUUUCCCUUGAUAAAAAUAAACCGGAAAGGCCCUUGCUCCUGGAAUAACAAGCCUGCCAGGCGAUGUGUCCGUGGGAGGGACAUGGAAUGAAAUUUGAUCACAAGGCCACGUCUCCUUCCCUUGGAUGAUUUGUUCUUGUUUUUGCAAGUAAUUGAGUUUUUGUUGGGUCUUAUCCUCUAAAAUCCAAGUGCAGGGUUUUGCUGUGUUUUUAUUCUUUCCCAUCUUCCUUUUCCUCCCCAGCCCCUUCCUGCCACGUGUCCCCAUUUGUCUUUAGUCCUGGCUAUGCUUGGGGACUGUCUCUUCUAACCAGGCUAAUCAUCUUCUGGAGACACCAGUUGCGUUGAUUUUUCAAAAAGCUUUUAGGACCGUAAAUAUGUUUAUGUAGACAUGAAGAUAUUUAUGUAUUGUACAGAAAAUAAACUUUUAGGUGUUCAAAGUAUAAGAAUUUGCAGGGAGGGGAGGAG